GGAGGUUUUUUCAACACUGCCUGACGCGCACGUUUUCCAACCAAAACAAACGAGAUUUUGUCCAGAUUUUGUAUUUAAUUACUGCCUUAAGAGCGUAUCGCAUCUUAUCAAGAUGUCCUCGUGGAAGAAGGCCUCGAAGAGCAACCAGAAGGUGCACCGGGAGCGCCACCAGCCGGAGGCGCGCCAGCACCUGGGAUUCCUGGAGAAAAAGAAGGACUACAAGAAACGCGCCCUCGACGCCCAGAAAAAGGAGAAGACCCUGAAGCUAUUGUACCGGCGGGCGCAGAACAAGAAUCCCGAUGAGUUCUACCACCACAUGAUCAACUCCAAGCUGUCCAACGAUGAGCACCGCGAGCAGGACAAGAAGGACGAGCACACGCCCGAGCAGCUGGCCCUCAUGCAGACGCAGGACCUCAAGUAUGUGGUCAUGAAGCGCACCAUGGAGCGCAAGAAGAUUGACCGCUUGAAGCUCACGCUGGUGGAUGUGGACGGCGCCGGGGGAGGGGCGAACCAGCGGAUCACUUUCGACGACGAGGGCUGCCAGCAGGCGUUCACCCUGGGCGAACGCCUCCAGGAAGCGGAACAAAAACCAAAGCCGGAAACAUCGCAGAGCUCCGACAAACAGCAGCGCCUCAACGAGCUCAAGAAACGUGAACACCGUGAAAGGGAGCUGGGCAUCGUCCAGCAGAAGAUUCAGCUGAAGAACGCGCUGAAGCAGCCGCGUCUUCUGAAGCCGAAGAAAGUGAAGGACGGAACCAAGGAAAGUGCGCCCGUUUAUCGAUUCCGCUACGAGCGAAGGAAAUGAGCACUGUUCGCCUUUUAGGUUCUAUAUAUGUAAUAAAGAAAUUAAGAUUCAA